AUGUGCACCAAAGCACUCGUCGUGAUGUGGGUCAGCUUGUGCGUGGUCAUGCUGUACAGCGAUCCACGACUGUGGGUAGUCGUGGCCUCGUUUAUGGGGUUUGCACUCGCUCGGGUCAUGACCGCACCGGUGGCACUGGCGAGAGUCAAAGUCUUUCCUGCGCUGUCGCCAUCUGCUCAGCUACUGUACUGCAACACGGCCGUGUCGCUGCUGCACUCGGUGCUGACGUCGUUGCUGGCGACAUCGACACUGCUCACGUCGCAUUCGCUGCAUAGCGAUUACGUCAACGCCGCCACGAGGAGCGAGUUCAUCACGACGGCUAUCUCGACUGGGUACUUUGCAUACGAUCUGUGGGACUACGUGCUGAAUGGGCUCUACGUCAAGUCGCCGGACAUUGUGUUCCACCACGUCGUCGUGCUCGUUUGCUACACGUCAGCGCUCUCCAAGACAGUCGGCGUGCCAUUGCUGUCACUUGCGCUUGUCUGCGAGCUGCACUCGGUCUUCCUGCACAGUCGAAAGCUCUUGACAAUGAGCAACUACUCUGCACGGUACUCUCGCUUUCUACGGUGGGUCUGGCGCGCUCAGUGGGUAUUCUUUGCCCUCGCACGGCUUCCGCUCCACGUCUUCGUGGCCGUGCUGACUUACCAAGCGCGAAGUCUCUUUGCUCGGCAGCUGCAUUGGACGAUGGCAUUCGGCGGCAUUGUGUUCAUCAAUCUACUGAACGCUCAGCUUUUCUAUGACGUCUCUAAAGCGUAUCGAAAGGACUAUGCAGUAUCGAACGCACACAGCUGCUGA